AUGGAUGUUUACAGCGUUAUAGUUAACUUGGGACAAGAAAACAGGAGAGGAACGAACCCAAAAACUUGGUAUGACAAAGGUUUAUCUGUUGAUCGUAACGAAUUUUCAUUUGGCACAGUGAGAGCAGAAGUCAAAGAAUUGAUUGAAAUUAUUUUGCUGGAUAUACCAAAAAAAAAAGAAACGCCCGAGAUGAAUUCAAUAAACUGUUUAGCAAUCGACUACCAAAGAAGAAAACUGUGA